AAAUUAAUCUAACUCAACAACAACAAAAAGAAAAAAAACUAAUUAAAAAGGGAAAGAAGAAGAAAAUCUCAAUUUUCUAUAGCUAAAGUCCUAAAGCCUUCAGAGUAAAGACACAGGAUUUAUCAUAUCAAAAUCUUUCUCAGAUCUGUUUCUAAAUUUCUGCAUGUUUAAUCCCCAUUAUUAAGCUCAGAUCAAUUAAAAUCCUUUUCCAAUUUCUCAAAAACCUUUCUUUCUAUACAAACCCAAUUCAAGAUCCAAUUUUUCACUCAAACCCCAGUUAUAAAAACUAAGAUUUUAGCUCUCUCGUACCCAGUUUAUCUUCAGAAAAGAUUAAAUUUUCCCCAAGAUCCAAUCUUUUCUGCAUCUGAAAUUUGAGGUUUUCAGUGCUUAUCAACUCCAAGAUUCAAUUUUUAUUGUUGAUUUUGUAAUUUUGAGUAAAUGGUCAGUUUCAGAUUUGAGGUGAGUAAGCCAUUAUCUUGAUUUUUUCCUAAAAAUCUCUGUUUUAGCUUAAUCUUGGUACUUUGUUUAGAUGAUUUGCAUUUGAUUUGGAGACUUAAGAGUUUUGUAGAAAUGAAGGAAUUGAAUUCAACAUCUGACCCAAUUGGGCAAAACUUGAUAAAAGUUAUAAGCAAUGUGUGUUUCUCAGUUUUUGUAUUCUCUGUGCUUAUAUUUACUAUAGUUGCUAUUACAUACCAACCACCUGAUCCAUGGGAAUCUUCUAGAGCUUUAACUAGAGUUUUCACACAAGUUGAAAAUGCCACAUUCAAAAUUGAUAAUUCUGUCCUAAAAACUGGUGAAGAUGUUGCCACUACUCCCAUGGCAGCUCCUGAUGGAGCGUUUCCUUUAGUGCCGAUUACUGAAGCUACUAUUGAGAAAUCUGAAGAGAAACUGCCCAAUGUGACUUUGAAAUCAGGAUGUGAGGAUGUGACUGUAGUGAAUUGUUCCGAUCCUCGGAUCUUGAUCACGAUUCAGAGGUUCAAUUUGAAGGCUUUUAAGUCCAUUGCGUUUUUGGAUUAUCGAACACCUGUUAAUGGAUCGAAGCCGACUGAGUGUGAUGUCGCGUGGAGGUUCAGGAAUAAGAAAGAGAGAUCUUGGAGAAAGUACAGGGAUUUCCGGAGGUUUAAGAUUGGGUUUACUGAUGAUUGUAGUUACAAAGUGGUUCACGCAGGUCGCUGGCAUUCAGGAGUAAAUGCCCGUCGCCCAAGACUCCGUGGUAAUUCCACUAGAACUAGUCCGAAGGCCAAAAUUGCUCCACCUGUUCUGGAUGAGGAGAUCAAUGAUACAAUUCCGAUCUUGGGAUCAGAUUCAGCUUUCAAGAACGGGAGAUACUUGUACUAUUCACGGGGUGGUGAUUACUGUAAAGGAAUGAACCAGUACCUAUGGAGUUUUCUAUGUGCUUUGGGUGAGGCUCAGUACUUGAAUCGUACGUUCGUGAUGGAUUUGAGUAUCUGUUUGGCAGCUUCUCACACUCGUAGUCAUAAGGAUGAGGAGGGAAAAGACUUUAGGUUCUAUUUUGAUUUCGAACAUUUGAAAGAGACUGCAUCCAUUGUCGAGGAAGGUGACUUCCUUAAAGAUUGGAAGAAAUGGGAUAAGACACACAAGAAGAAAAUCUCCGUAAGAAAGGUUAAGGACUACAAAGUGUCCCCCUUGGAACUAAUGAAGGAUAAGAGCACAAUUAUAUGGAGGCAAUUCGACGCUCCUGAACCUGAGAACUAUUGGUAUCGGGUCUGUGAAGGGCCUUCCGCCAAAUACAUCCAGAGACCGUGGCAAGCUUUGUGGAAAUCAAAGAGACUUAUGAAUAUAGUAACUGAGAUUAGUGGAAGCAUGGACUGGGAUUUUGAUGCUGUUCAUGUUAUUCGCGGAGAGAAAGCACAGAAUAAGAAGUUAUGGCCCCACCUGGAUGCUGAUACAUCCCCCGAUUCCCUUGUCGCAAAGCUUCAAGGAAUUAUUAAACCUUGGAGGAAUCUGUAUGUUGCCACAAACGAGCCAUUCUAUAAUUAUUUUGAUAAGCUUAGAUCUCACUACAAGGUGCAUUUGCUUGAUGAUUAUAACUACUUGUGGAGUAACACAAGUGAGUGGUAUAAUGAAACAACGCAACUAAAUGGUGGCCACCCAGUUGAAUUUGAUGGGUAUAUGAGAGUUGAAGUUGACACAGAGGUCCUUGUUCGAGCAAAAUCACGGGUUGAGACAUUUUACAACUUGACAAAAGAUUGCAAGGAUGGAAUUAAUACAUGUUAGACAGGUAGGAGAUAUCUUUUAGUGCUACGUAAACGUUAUUACACUUGUUUCCCCUGUUUCAAUAUUUGGUUAGUUCUGUAUUGGAGGUUUUUGAGUUCUUUCAAGCUGUGAUAAUAGUUGUUCGUUAAUGUAUUGGUUAAACGCUUGUCUCGUUACACAUCUGUACAAUAUUCAGCACUAUAAUCUUCACUAGAUUGAGAUUUGUUGCCUCUA